CGAGAUGCCGAGGACGGUGUCGCGUUCUCCCUCUUACAGGAGGAGAUAUUCUCCGUCUCCUGUGGGACAUAGAUAUAGCAGGAGAAGUAGAAGGGAUCGGAGCCGAUCUCCGUAUUCUUCGUAUUCCCAUAGCAGAAUCUUCACAUGCAAUGAGCACCUCAGCUGUUUGCAUGCUUAAGCUUGGUGCCGUUGGUGGUUGUCAUGCUGCUGUUAAAGUCUUCCCAAACAUUGACCUCCAUAUGAUGAUUGUGUAGCCAAUGUUUAUAUAAUUAUUGAUAUAUGGGUGGGAUUACCCAAGUUCAAGGAAAAGGUAUAAAUGAUUUUGAACAUAAAUAUAUUGGGAAACAAAUCGAGACCUUUGAAAGUGAGAUAGAGAACAAAUAUGCUAUAAGAAUAAUUAAAGAAGUGUAGUUUCUCCCAAUAGAUGGGAAGUAAGCAGGUGAUGGGUGCUGAUGGGUGUCCUUUGGUCGCUCAGUCUGGACAUACGAGAAUUCAUGUUAUAAAAGAUGGAGUGCACAAGGGUUAUUCUUAACGAUAUAUGAGGCGGAAAAGUCGUUCCAUAUCACCUCGAAGGCGUAAAAGUCGUUCACCAACGCCAAGGCGUCGUAAAAGUCGCUCUUCGACACCAAAGCAACACAAAAGGCAAAGAAGUAGAAGCACCUCACUAUCUCCUACACAAAGGUCUCGUAGCCCUAGUCUUGGGUCAACAGAACGAAAAAAUGCCAUUGAAAAAUUGAAAAAAGAGGAAGAAGAGAAGAAAAGGCGUCAACGUGAAGCAGAGUUGAAACUAUUAGAGGAAGAAACUGCAAGGAGAGUAGAGGAAGCAAUUCGAAAGAAAGUCGAGGAGAGCUUGAACUCUGAGGAGAUCAAGCUGGAAAUACAAAGACGAAUAGAGGAAGGGCGGAAGAAACUCCUCGAGGAGGUUGCAGCUCAACUUGAAAAAGAAAAAGAAGCUGCUCUUAUUGAGGUUAAGCAGAAAGAAGAACAAGCUCGAAAAGAGAGAGAAGAGCUGGAUAAGAUGCUAGAGGAGAACCGGAGGAGGGUUGAAGAGGCUCAAAGAAGAGAAGCUUUGGAGCAGCAGAGAAAAGAAGAGGAACGUUACCGGGAAUUAGAGCAGAUUCAAAGGCAAAAAGAAGAGGCUAUGCGGAGGAAGAAAUUAGAGGAGGAGGAGGAACGGGCAAAUCAGAUGAAGCUCUUGGGUAAGAAUAAAACUCGACCAAAACUGUCAUUCGCGUUUGGCCUGAAAUGAGAUUUUGCCGGCUUUGACUUUUAUUCCCUUCUUGGAAAGCUGCAUGUCUAUGUAGGUGGUAUUGGUUUUUAUAUUUUGCAUUUGUAUUUCACAGUGGCUUCCCCUCAAUGUAUUUGGGAUUGCCAUCUCUUGAAUGAUGAACAGUGAAGAAAAUGUCAAUUACUUGAACCCUUUGCUUUCAA